AUGCCAAAAUCUGCCACUCACUGCGACCCCCUACUUGCAUCCAGACGCGUCUCACUACCGAACUAUGCGCCGAGCGCGAUUUCAUCUCUGUCUUCUGGCCCCAGACGCAGUGGGCGAUCCCUUGCGAGUUCUGACGCGUCCAUCUCGACUCCUAGUUUCAAAAGACGCGUCAAUCCCGAGAGUCUUGCGGUGCGCCUUGGCCCGGAGCUCGUCAAGGAGCUCGAAGCUUUACUGGUUCCCGGGAUGACAGAAAUGCCACCAUUUUCCGUGCGGCAGGCCAUACAGCAACGGUACGGCAUUAAUCGGCGACAUAUCUAUGACUGGUUCCAUAGCAAAGGAUUACGAGUCACGAAGGAGGAAAAGCGUAUUGCCGACGUUGCCCGGCCAGAUAUAUCGCGCCAACAGCUGAAUACGGUUUUUGAACAGCCGUCGCGCAUGUCAUUGGGGCAUGGCGAUUGUUGUUCUAAUAACUGCACUUUGUCCCAAACUCAUAUGGAUACUAUCAAUAUACCGAGGACUAAUGCAAGUAGUGAUUUCCCCCAAGGCAGACAUAUUCCUUUCCCUAUUAACCCGUUGUUUAAUCCAUCGUAUUCGCUUCCGAGUUAUCAAGGUUUUCAGAUGAACGUUGCCCCCCUUACGGACUACCCGAUUCAAGAAAAUGUUUCCAACUUUUACCUUCAUUUAUCUCCCGGUAAGCCAGAAGUAUCUGCAUCGUCCGACCAAAGCACAACGCAAGUUUCACCGACAAAUAAUGCUAUUCGUAAUAAUCUCGACUCUCUUCUAUCUAUUGGCGACGGCAAUGUUCUUUCUGGGGCUGAACGCAGAGCUAUCUAUGACAGCCUUUCUCAUGUACUAGGCCCUGCUUGUGGUAUUCAAGAAUCGGUCGGCACGUAUAAGGCCUUCAUGUCUCAUCAGACCCAAUUGUACUACGAGCGACUUCUCCCAGAACCCACAGGUUCCGUGGAACAGAGUUCUACGAAUGGGCGGAACUCGGCGACUACUGCCCGUUCGGCUGUUUCCCUGCCUCCCACCAGUGUGGUAACUCCAGAGAUUCAUAGCAUCUAUCGCGGAGACUUCCGUUCUGCAUCCCGCCCUGAUUUCGAUGGACAGUCUCAUACCAGCUCCUUAGACUCUUCCUGUGCUCCAACGCCCGACCUCCCUUCUGAUACUGGUGUAGGUUCCUCAAAGUCUUGGCCGGGCGACCAUGCCCGGUAUUACACCUCAAGUCCUGUGCUGAAACUUGGUGACAUUCUGGAAAGCCCUGUGCUCAAGUCCCGGAAUCCAACUGCAGAAAUGGAAAUGUUAGGCUCUGCAACCCAUAAUGAAGAAUGGCACCUUCAAGAACAGCAUCCGAACCAUGCGUACAUACUAGGUGGUCAAACCUUCAAUGCGCCACUAGCACCUGUCUACCAUCCGAUGGUUCGCAGCCACGGACAGCCAUGGGAGGACCCUACUAUCGCCUACUGGCCCCAGGCACCUCACUUCCCCGCCCAGCUUGCUUCUGUAUGGGAAGCCAACCGGCUCGGGACGACUCUCCAACACGACAAGUCUACCUGGGCCAUUGACCGCACUGACUAUGAUCCGGUCAAAUGCACAGGUCAAGUCAGCGGUCGCACGGGGAUGACAACCAGACUCACGAGUAACGGCGCGAGCUUAGAGAUAUAA